GCAAGGAAUAAUGAAUAAAGAAACCACAUACACUACCUAGUACCUACCUCUGCAUCCAGUCCACUGACUCUCUCUCUCAUUUAGUCCAUCUUCAACCCCGCAAUCUUUUCUUCACUUCCCCUUCGCUUCAACUUAAACUUAAAUUAUGACUUGUUUUACUCAUGUUCUUGGUGCUCUCGCCAUCAUUCUACAGAGUCUACUACUUGCACUGGUUUGUGGGGAGGGACAUGUGAAGACAUGCCGAUCCUAUUGUGGAAACAUAACGGUGGACUAUCCAUUCGCCACCCAAUCUGGAUGUGGCCACUUCGGUUUCAGGGACCUACUCUUCUGCGUAAACGACGUUCUCAUGUUUCACAUUAACUCCGGGUCGUAUCGUGUGCUGGAGGUAGACUACGCCUACAAGUCAUUAACACUCCACGAUCCGGGCAUGUCUACAUGCGAGUCGAUUGUGCGAGGAGGCAAGGGCAAUGGGUUUGUGCUGGAGUCAUGGCGAGCUCCUUACCUGAAUCCUGCACCAGACAACGUGUUCAUGCUGAUAGGCUGCACCCCAGAAUCCCCUCUUUUCCAGGGCUUCCCAGGGAAGCACUUGCCUUGUCGUAAUGUGUCUGGAAUGGGGUGUGAGGAGUACUAUGGCUGCCCAGCAUGGGACCCAGGUCCCAAACAUGUGGGCUUGAUCUAUAGCAUGAGCCCGCCGGAGUGCUGCUCUGUGUCGUUCCAGGCCAUUCGUGCUAUCAAUCUUACCAAGCUCCAGUGCCAGGGAUACAGCAGUGCCUACAGCCUCGCCCCAUUGCGACUGGCGGGGCCUAGCGACUGGUCGUAUGGGAUACGUGUGAUGUAUUCGGUGCCGGGCGACUCCGCAUUCUGUCGAGCCUGUGAGGCAACGGGCGGUACAUGCGGCCACGAUAGCGUUGCGGGUGGAGAUCUGUGCUUAUGUGGGGAUUGGAAUUCCACCACGAAUUGCGAUUCAGUUUCCAAAUCAGGUGGUGAACCAUCAAUGUUGUCGUUAAUGGACGCAUUGACAGGGUUGUUGAUUUGUAUGGUUAUAUGGAUGAAUACCAUCAAAGAUUUUGAUGAAGCGUUGAGUACUCUCUGGUCAAGAGCAUUUUGAGUGACCAAUUUCAGAUGUCUCAAAUCUCUACUUGCAUUUCACCAAAAAAAAAAAAAAAACUCUACUUGGAGAGAUUAUUGAGUGCCUAAUUAAGACAUUUUUUGUAGGGCAUUUUCCCCAUUUUUCUAUUAUAAUAUAUAAUACAUGUAUUUGGCAUCGAGAGAUUUUUUUUUUUUUAAAUUUAUUUAUUCAUAUCCCUACUAUAUGGAAACAAUUGGGGAGGUAACAUCGACGGCAAUUUGUUGGCCCAUUUAAGAGAUAUAUGAUGGAAUGAGAUGUUUGAUGCAAAAGCA